CUGGCACUUCCCACAAACCCUUUCGUCAGUAAAAAAUGGCUGCGUCCUUGAGCUGUCGGAGUGUGAUAUCGAACGCGCUUGCCAGAGUAGGCACUUCGAUAUGCAUCAACUCUGGAACACGAGCACUUCAUGUCACUGCAGCAUGCUGCAAGAAUCGCGCAGCUCGUAUUCGGGUGGGGAAAGGAGACCGACCACUGACCUAUGAGCAAGCACUCCACCCCCACCACAUAGGCCACCGCAAGGGCUGGCUUUCCCAGCACACGAGUAACCUACAGGGAGAGGGAGGAGCAUCAGAUCGUACUGUGGAAGACGUGUUUGUACGACGUUUCCUCUUCGGAACUUUCCAUAACUGCCUGGCCAAUGAGAUUGUGAUUAAGCGAAGAGGCAACAUGCUAGUGGUUUGUGCCCUGAUGCUGCAGAAACUCCCUCCACAGAAGUUCUACUUCCUGAUUGGCUACACUGAGACGCUGCUCUCCCAUUUCUAUAAGUGUCCCGUCAAGAUGGAGGUGCAGACCCUGGAGGACAAGGCUGUCUUCAAGUACCUCUGAGGAGACAGGAAUUGCUGACAGAUUUGACUGUUUCAAGACUUGUCAUAUAGGACUAUUUUGGUGAAACUCAUCGGCGUACAGUUACAUUGUAAAAAAAAAAAAAAAAAAAGGCUCUAUUGAUAUGUCUUUAUCUACAGUGUGUGGAAACCAACUUGAGUGUGUGCCUUGGAGUUGGCUCGUCACAGUAGGAAUAGACAGACUACCAGACAGUGUUAUCUUAACAGCAGGACACCUGUGUGUAUUCAGUCAGGUGAAACGUUAACUUAGUGAAAAUAAAUGUAAUGUAUAGAAGUGACAAGUGUCUCUAUUCUACAUGGCAGACAGUCAUCUGUUCAACACAGUACAUUUCUCUUUUUAAGGAGAAGAAGUGAGAAAGGUAGGAGAGCGUGUCACAAAUAGGCAUUGGGUCAGAUUUAAACCCAGUCAUUGGUAGGUGUGUGCCGUCGGUGGCGGGACUGACAGCCAGACCACAAUACAUUUCUUUCUGAACAUUCUGUAACACUGCACAAUAGACAUAAUACCACAUUGCACCCUCCUCAACAGGCCCCAUGGUUUUGCCACCUCAGUUCCAUUUCCUCUUUGAACUGGAUUCCAUUCCAGUCAUGCUGUCCAAUAUAACUAUUCACAACUUGUAAAUCACGUGUUGGAGUUAUAAAUGUGCUUAUGACAAACUCA